AUGAAGAUGUUUUCAUCUUUGAGAUUUAUUAUGGCAAUCUUGUCUAUUGUUGUUUUGCAUUCCAAUUUGUCUGUGGCAAAAGGUUUGAGAAAUGUACAUCCAAAGCGUGCAUCGUUUCCAUCUGAUUUUCUCUUUGGUGCUGGAUCUUCUGCUAUGCAGAUUGAAGGAGCUGCUCACGAAGGAGGUAAAGGAUUAGGAUUGUGGGAUGAUAUUGUUGAACGACACAAAGCAACAUUUGUGGAUGGUGAUAAGUUUUCUACACUGAUUGAACAUUACAAGCGAUAUAAGGAGGAUGUGCAACAUUUGAAGCAUCUUGGAGUGAAUUCUUACAGAAUGACUAUCUCAUGGAGUAGAGUUAUGCCAGAUGGAACCUUGAAAGGAGGUAUAAACAAAGAAGGCAUCAACUUCUACAACAAUUUGAUCAAUGACUUACUUGAAAAUGAUAUUGAGCCUUUUGUGACUAUCAUGCAUUUUGACUACCCACUAGCCCUUCACCAAAAGCUUCGCGGCUUCUUAAAUCGCACUAUUGUGAAUCAUUACAAGGAUUAUUGUAAUCUACUAUUCAAAACAUAUGGAGAUAGAGUGAAGCAUUGGACAACAUUCAAUGAACCACAAGUGACAGCUAUCCACAAUUACAUGCACGGCUAUGAUAAUGACGAUCGUGAACCAUGCCAAGACACUGGAAUGUGUUCAGAAGCUUAUACAGUCCUUCAUAAUUUCCUUAUUUGCCAUGCCACAGCAGCAAAGUUAUACCGAAAAAAAUUUCAAGCAACACAAAGGGGAGAAAUUGGAAUUGUGUUACAAGCUCCAAAUUAUGUUCCGUAUAGUUCAAAAUCAGAGGAUGUAGAUGCUGCUAAUAGACUAAUGGAUUUUAGUUUUGGAUGGGUUUUAGACCCAAUAUACUACGGAGAUUAUCCACAAAUCAUGAGAAAGUUAGUGGGGAAUAGAUUGCCCAAGUUCACUAAAAAGGAGGAAAAUAUGAUCAAAGGAAGUUUAGACUUUGUGGGAGUCAAUUAUUAUUAUUCUGUUUUUGCCAGACAUGAAUCAAAUAGAAGCAAUAUGUUCCCUCUUGACAAUUUUGAUGCCUUAGCUGCAACUAAUGAAUUUAAUGCAGAAGGAAACACGACUGGACCCAAGGAUCAAUAUAGUGGAAUGUCAGUCUAUCCCAAAGGAUUAUAUGACUUGUUGAUAUACAUGAAAGAAAAGUACCAAAAUCCCAAUAUCUACAUCACUGAAAAUGGUAUUUCUUCUCCCAAUAUGACAAAUCAAUUGAAGGAUGAAAAUCGGAUCGCAUACAUCGCAACACAUAUAAACACUACUAAAGCAGCAAUCGACAAUGAUGUAAACGUUCGUGGAUACUUUGUUUGGGCAGCAUUUGAUACAUUUGAAUUUCAUGCGGGUUAUUCUGGCCAUAUGGGGCUUUAUCAUGUUGAUUUUAAUGAUAAUCUCAAGCGUGUGCCAAAGGCUAGUGCUAAAUGGUAUAGAAAUUUUAUGACAUCGAAUUAUAGAAAAUAA